AGAAAUAUUUUCCAAAAGACAACAACGAGAAGCAGUAUUUCCUUUUCUAGUUAUUGUUAAGUUCUUACAAUAGAUGACCUAAAUUACGGCUAAAAAUAUCUACCCGUAAAUUGUAGCUAUUUAGGAUCGAUAAUUCUCCAGUUAGAACCUGGUUUGUUUGGCUUUUUAAUCUCCCCGGCCACCGGAAGCGGUGCGGAUAAAGCCGAGGUUGCAAAGUGCGUCACACGGUUGAGUUGCGGAGAAGCACAACGCCGGAGCUGCAGACGACCGUCGAUAAAAAUACAUCCACAGUUCCACCUUUUGUGUGUGCGUGUGUGUGUGUCCGUGACUAAAAUACCCGAGCGGGACGUUUCCGGGUGCAGCAUGGUGAAGAUAGCUUUCAACUCGGCUCUGGCGCAGAAGGCGCUGGGCAAAGAGGUGCCAGCCGCGGUGAAGGACCCGGAGCUGGCCUCUGACUCUGCGGCCACAGACGGCUUCGGUCGCCUUAUUCUCUACCUGCUGGGCAUCUCCUUCAUCCUGACUGGACUCAUCGUGGGGGGAGCGUGUCUCUACCGGCAUUUCACCCCAAAGAGGCUGUAUCACGGAGCGAUGCAGUUCUCCGACGUGUCCACCGGGGCGGAGAGCCAGCCCCACCAGCCCUACUACCUGCCGCUGGUGGAGGAGGAGGUGGAGAUCUCGGACAGCAUGGCCGUCGUCAGCGUGCCCCCUCCUCGCUUCCGGUCCGGAGACCCCGCCUACAUCCUCCACGACUUCAACCGGAAGCUGACAGCGUACCUGGACCUGACUCUGAGGACCUGCUUCGUGAUUCCUCUCAACACUUCGGUGGUCCUCCCCCCUCAGGACCUCAUCGACCUCUUCUCACAGCUGAUGAGUGACUCAUACCGCAGCUACCUGGUGCGCGAGGACCUUGUGGUCACCGAGCGCAUCGAGGACGUCAAGCCGCUGGGUUUCUACAUCCGCCGGCUGUGUGACGGGAAGGAAACUUACAGAAUGCAGCGCCGGUCCACCCUGCCAGGCGGAAACAUCCAGAAGCGCUCCGCCGACGACUGCUUCACCAUCCACCACUUUGAGAACAAGUUUGUGACGGAGACCCGCAUCUGCAAGGCCUGAUGGGGAAACGGCGAGAGAGAGAGAGACAGAGAGAGAGAGAAAGAGAGAGACAGAGAGAGAGAGAGAAAGAGAGAGAUAGGGAGAAAAUGGGUGAGCCAGGGUGACUGAGAGAAGGAGGGAGUGGAUGAAUGACAGCGACAGGAAGCACAACUUUCAGCAGAAAGCUACUUUUGUACAAAUUGUUUAGCCUCCCUUUGCUUCCCAGCUUGUGUCGAGUGAGUUUGGGUUCCAGAGCCGCUGUACCUCCACCUAACCUCCACCUAACCUCCACCUGCUGUUUGUUGUUACCUUAGACCAGGGGUCUCAAACUCCAGUCCUCGAGGGCCGCUGUCCUGCAACUUUUAGAUGUGGCUCUGCUGCACCACCUGAAUAAAAUAAUUAAGGCUCUGGAGAACUGGUCUACACCAGGUGGAGGUCAUUAAGUCGUUUCAUUCCAGUGUUUUGUACCUGUGACACAUCUAAGAACUGCAGGACAGCGACUGGAGGACUGGAGUUUGACACUCCUGCCUUAGACGCACUAAGUUUCAUUUGCGCCGUUAGAAUCCGUUUCGUUCGCCGUGGCUUCCUGCAGACCCAUCCUAUCGAUGUUCUUGUAUCCCAGACACGAGUUGUUUGACAUCCUGCUUGAUAUUCCCGUCGUUCCCAGCAGGUGUGCGACGCCUCUCGUGUUUCCCGUCGCCUCCUUUCCCAGAGCGGCUUUAGCAGCGCGCCGCAACGCCGACACGCACGUUUGAACGCACGCUCGUUGCCAACAUGGACGAACAUCCGGCAGCUGCCGCUCCCCACUUUUUGUAGAUAUUUCCCAGAGUGCCCUGCUGCUGCUGGCACUCCUCCGUCCCGCCGUGUCAUGAUUUAGUGCAACUCCUUCGUUUUUUGUGUUUGUGUAGAGACAUUUCUAGAUGUUAACUAGUGAAGACCGUGAGCUAAACCAGCGGGACCAAGCUAAAGGGAAACGUUGCGAGUUAUUUUGAACGUUUAUUUGAUCGCCUGCUUUGGUUUGCGAUUUUGUUCGUAUGUUUCAUUUUAACCUGAACAAAAAACAAAAAAAAGAAAAGAAGAAGAAAAAAAGCAGAUGUAACUCGUCGUUAUUAUAGUUGGUAGCAAAUGAAGUUUUACAUUUUUCACUGGAAAUCUUAUAGUUGCUUAGAUUUAAUUACACGAAACUGUUACGGUUGAGUUUGGAAAAUCCCUUGAUGAGCGAAAAGGAAAAAUGUGAAAAAUCGUAUUUUUGAAAUGGCUUUGUGCCAAAGAGAAUAAAAAGGGGGAACAAAAGGAAACGUUGCGAGUUGUUCUGUGAAUCCCACACAGGAAGACAAUCAGUAGGAAGCGCUGUAGGCUGGUAACGACAGGCUGCUCUCCAACCCGACGCCUGAGGAAUAACACGAAACAACUUUGUGUGACACUACUGAACUGAAUUUCAUUUUUGUUGUUGAAUAAAGUUGCUUUUCUCAACCUGCUUAAAAA